AAUAUCCCAUGAAAUCAUAGGCAAUGUUUAUCUCAUUUUUUUUGUAAUGACCAGUUGUUCUAUCAGUUGCGAGAUUUUUUUGAAAUAUUUCCUUUGUAUUUUUCACGUUCGCCGGGAACUAGGGGACGAAUUCAUCCGCGGGGCAUUUAAAUUUCGCCGCUCAAACAAAAAUAGGUUUCAUCGAUUUCUUUUUAUUCCCCUGCACAGUAGUCAGUAAUAUAUCCACCCACCACGCGGAUUCACGACGUUGUGGUCCAUUCAACCGAUAGUAUGUGUUUAUCGGUGCUAACGAUAAAAAAAAAUGUAAAAGAUUUUUUUAAAGCCAGUGGAAAAUAAAAAUUCUCGAUUAGCCGAGUGAUUUCAGUUCUUCAAUUAGUCAGUGGUGCACAGGAGGGAAAUGUCGUGGGUGGCAGCUGAUUCUGUCCGGUGAAACUCAUCUUCAGGGAAUUUUUAUUUAUUCAAUUUCAAGGCCUUGGAAAAUUUAAACAGAAUCUCUGCAAUUGAAAAAAUGGAGGAAGAGGAGGACUAUGAUAAAUUCUUCGAGCGUAGGAGGAGAAGUGAAUCUCAACCGAGUAUUUACCGGUCGACCCAGAGUAAUUUGAAUAGUGGAUCACAACAGACCCUUUACCACAGUCUCCGUAACACAAUGUAUGAAGAUGCCAUCAGCAUGGAGACCCUGAAUGCCGAUGAUCAGGAUGAGACCUCGACCCUGACCACCGAUGAAACUCUCCUCGAAGGAAAUUAUGGCAUGAACGGAGAUGCGCACUCGGUGCCGCAUUCAAAUACUGGCAGUUUGUUUUUCAAAGAUGAAAUUCGCUCAAUUGAUUUUGUUAUCGUCUGGGACGAGCAUGACGAAGAGGCCUUGUCACUCCGUAAUAUUGAAUACCGCAAGAUAUUUGAGAGUAAUUUGGAACUGGAGGGUCUCCAUCUGGAGCAAGAACCUCCGGAGCCCAGUGGACUUCGCUUCACCAAGGUCCACGCACCUCGGGAGGUACUGCGUCGUUACGCAGAAAUCCUUAAGCUCCGUCUCGCCAUGAAAGAGCUAUCAUUUCCACCCCCAUCCCUCCAACGCAUCAACCCCAUAAUGCGAGAAGUAAACACCUGCUUUCGCAUAUUUUUCUCCCGCUUUUACGUCGAUCAAACAAUUUUUCCUACCAUGAAGCACCAAUACACAGCUGUUUACAGUAGAGACAAGGAGUACUUGUUCGAUCUCGAUGCACCGGAUUUUUUCUCAUCAGCCACGCACUCGAGAAUUGUCCAAUUUAUAUUGGAUAGGACGAAAUUUUCGGAGGUAAACGGUGAUGAUUUCGCUUUUGGAAUUGACAGACUCAUCUCCGAGCGGGCUUAUGUAGCAGCUUAUCCCCUGCACGAUGGAAAUUUGCGGAGUCCGGACUCUAUAAGAUGCCUGCUGUACACGCACUGGGCGAGCCUGAGUAAAUUCCUGAAUCACCAACCCCUGGACUACAUAAAGGAGUACUUUGGGGUGAAAAUUGGUCUGUACUUUGCCUGGUUAGGUUUCUAUACGCACAUGCUGGUGCCAGCAAGUGUUAUCGGUCUCCUGAGUUUCAUCUACGGUUGCAUAAGUCUGUCCUCGAAUCUCCCAAGCGAGGACAUCUGCCAUGGCAACAAUUCCAUCGACAUGUGCCCACUCUGCGACAAAAUCUGCGGGUACUGGAACCUGCGUGAGACCUGUCUCCACAGCAGAUUGACGUACCUCUUCGAUAAUCCCUCAACAGUUUUUUUCGCUGUAUUCAUGUCCCUGUGGGCGACGCUCUUUCUGGAGUUGUGGAAGAAGUACUCAGCAGAAAUCACUCAUAGAUGGGAUCUGACGGGUCUAGAUGCCCAGGAGGAACAUCCCAGGCCCCAAUACCUCGCAAGACUCUCUCACAUUCAGAAAAAAUCCCUCAAUGUGAUAACGAACACGCUGGAACCGACUGUUCCGUUCUGGAGCAUGAGACUGCCAGCCACUAUUCUCUCAUUUUCAGUUGUUCUCCUGCUCAUUGCUGUCGCCAUGGCUGCCGUUAUCGGUGUCAUUCUCUACAGAAUGUCUAUUCUUACGACUCUGAGUGUCUAUGGAGAAUCAGCAAUCACCAGUAAUGCCAUACUCUUCACCACUGCCACUGCUGCAUGCCUCAAUCUCUGUUGCAUUUUUCUCUUCAACUGGCUGUACGUCUGGCUCGCUGAGUACCUCACCGAGAUGGAGCUACUCAGGACUCAAACUGAAUUUGAUGACAGUCUCACACUCAAGAUUUAUCUCCUUCAGUUCGUUAAUUAUUAUGCCUCCAUUUUCUAUAUCGCCUUCUUCAAGGGAAAGUUCGUGGGACAUCCUAGUACAUAUAAUCGGUUAUUCAGGUACAGACAGGAGGAGUGCGGACCCGGUGGAUGUUUAACUGAGCUCUGUAUUCAACUGAGUAUAAUAAUGAUUGGCAAACAGGCGAUGAAUUCCUUCCUGGAGAUGAUGUUUCCACUCUUCUACAAGUGGCUGAACACUUGGAAAGUCCGCAACAAUCCCGAUCGCCAAGUAAAACACGAGGACACAACCUCCAGGAAGCUUCCCCCUUGGGUGAGAGAUUACAAGCUCGUGGAAUGGGGUCCCAGGAGUUUAUUUCCUGAAUACUUGGAGAUGGUUCUCCAGUACGGAUUCGUCACGAUAUUCGUAGCAGCAUUUCCCCUGGCACCGUUCUUUGCUCUGGUGAAUAAUGUCUUCGAGAUGAGACUGGAUGCCAAAAAACUCUUGACGAUGUACAGGAGGCCAGUGAGCCAGCGAGUCCGAGAUAUCGGCAUCUGGUACAGAAUAUUGGACUCAGUGGCAAAAUUAUCAGUUAUCACCAAUGGUUUCAUUAUCGCAUUCACAUCGAAUUUUAUUCCGAAGAUAGUCUACCAGCUAAGUGUCUCCGAGAACGGCUCGUUGGAGGGCUUCCUGGAGUAUUCGUUAUCCAAGUUCAACACUUCUGAUUUUGAAGAGGACAUGAGACCCCAGGAUGUAAGAGGAAGACACGUCGACGUCUGCAGAUAUCCAGACUUCAGGGAAGGACCUGGUGAAGAUGGCAAGUACCAGGUGACGAGCACCUACUGGAGGAUCCUAGCAGCGAGGCUCGCUUUUGUUGUUGUUUUUGAGAAUAUAGUGGCUCUUGUGAUGAUUCUAGUCCGUUGGUGCAUCCCAGAUAUGAGCCCAGAGCUCCGAGACAGAAUAAGACGUGAAACAUACAUCACCAAUGAAAUAAUUAUCCAACAAGAGGCUCUCCGGGCCUGUGGACGAGGUGUCGAUGAACCUGAGGUCGUCCGAAGGCUUUCCUACAUCAACGAAAAUGCUGACAGAUUGAAUCGAGUGCUGAGGGACUCAUCCAUGUCUAAUUUCGAUUUGGAAGUCCAUGGGAGUCCAGCUACACCAGGAACAACUCUACGAACUGGUCCAGCAGCUCUCUGAUUCAUAUUUAAACAUUCUAUUUCCAUAUUUGUAGAGUUCAGGAGAAAUUUUACAUGUUGUUUACGUCUCAACGACUGACAUUUCGAUAUCUAGUGUUAGAGACAGACAAUUCAAUAGUAAAUUGGUAAACUGAGAUGCAUCCAAUUUUGUGGGUCAAUUAUUUAGUUAAUUAUCAAUUUGUCUCGAGAGCUGUGGAUUGCCGUGUGAAGACAUUAAGGCCUUUUAUGCAGCAGAUUAAAUUUCAGAAUAGUACGAAAAAUAUGUCUAUCAUGUUUUCGUUAAUAAUCGAUAUUUUUUGGAUUCAUCAAUAUUUAAGAAAUUGGAAAAUUCGAUUGAUUUCGUUUUACCAGUGUCCUAUUGAAUUCUAAGGUGUUCAGAGCUUUGAAAGCUCGUUAGUCAGAACAAUUGAUAUUUUAUAAUCUUUGGAGUACUUAUUUGCACAAAUAUUUAUAUAUUAUCCACAAACUACGGAUAAUUAUUGAUAACACAUAUACGACAAUGGAUGAACGAAUUUGAAUCUCUACCUCUGAAAAAUGGAUCUGAAUAUAUUUUUAAUGUGCAAUAACUUAUAUUUUAUUGAAGAAUAAAGACUUAUUUAUGGGUAUUGUGGUGAAUUUUCUAAAUAAAUUAAUUAU